GCAGAUUUCAGUAGGUGAAAGACAGAACCUGAAUAACCAAGAAACAAUUCCUAUCAGCCUUUGCCUUUUGGGGGUCAGGACUUCUCUGGUAGUAAUUAUUCAGAAAGCAAGUUCUAAGAUCCCACUCUUUAUUUUGGAUGGCUACACAAAUAUUACCUUAGAAGACAGAGGAAAUAAGGCAAAACUCUACCUCUAGACAAUACUGAUAACUGAAUUGGGAACUUGGCCUGCUAGACUAAUUCCAUGGAAAAAAUAAACAAUGUAACUGAAUUUGUUUUCUGGGGUCUUUCUCAAAACCCAGAGGUCGAAGAAAUUUGUUUCGUGCUGUUUUCUGUCUUCUACACAGUCAUUCUCCUGGGAAACCUCCUCAUCAUGCUGACAGUUUACAUGGGCAACCUUUUCAAGUCUCCUAUGUACUUCUUUCUCAACUACCUGUCUUUUGUGGACAUUUGCUACUCUUCAGUCACAGCUCCUAAGAUGAUAGUUGACCUGUUAGCCAAGAACAAAACCAUCUCCUAUGAAGGGUGCAUGAUACAACUCUUCGAGGUACAUUUCUUUGGUUGCACAGAGAUCUUCAUCCUCACUGUAAUGGCCUAUGAUCGUUAUGUGGCUAUCUGUAAACCUCUGUAUUAUGUGGCCAUCAUGGACCAGGACAGCUGCAAUAAAAUGUUACUGGGGACCUGGUUAGGUGGGUUCCUCCACUCCAUCAUCCAGGUGGCUCUGGUAGUCCAACUGCCCUUUUGUGGGCCCAAUGAGAUUGAUCACUACUUUUGUGAUGUCCACCCCCUGCUGAGCCUUGCCUGUACAGAUACGUACGUUGUUGGUGUUGUUGUGACAGCCAACAGUGGGACCAUUGCUCUCGGAAGCUUUGUUAUUUUGCUAAUCUCCUACACUGUCAUCCUGGUGUCCCUGAGAAAGCAGUCAGCAGAGGGCAGGCGCAAAGCCCUCUCCACCUGUGGCUCUCACAUCGCUGUGGUCAUCAUCUUUUUUGGUCCCUGUACUUUCAUGUAUAUGCGCCCUGAUACUACCUUUUCUGAAGAUAAGAUGGUGGCUGUAUUUUACACCAUUAUCACCCCCAUGUUAAAUCCACUGAUUUAUACAAUGAGAAAUGCUGAAGUAAAGAAUGUAAUGAAGAAACUAUGGGGCAGGAAGGGUUCCUGGGAAGCUAACCAUAAAUAGGUGGAAGUAGCAAUUUAAGCUGAAUAAUCUUAAAUUUCCUCAUCUGUACAGUAAAGAAAAUAACAAUCCAUGGGUU